GGCCCCCCGCUUGGCUUGUACGCUCGCUGGCUCGGAGGAGGGGGGGCGCAAAAUAUCCACAGAAGAAAAAAAAAAAAGUGCCUGAAACUGCCCCCCCCACCACCACCACCUCUAGCACUGGCGCGGCUAGCGUUAGGCGUAUGCCUUAUCAAAGUGCCGACGUGAACGAACCAUCUUUUUUUUCACCUUCUCGUACAACCUCCCAGGAGCCAGCGAUGUGAAAUUUCAGGAGUGCACGCAGCUUGUCGGAAAUGCGGUGUGUCGGUGUGGAGGGUCGUAGUACUACUACUGCCGCGGUGGACUCUUGAUGUGGACGUUUAUUCGGAUGAGGGGUCCGCUAUGCUCUGGCAUCUCCUCCAAGCGCUCGUCUCGCUGCAAGUUGCAUCUGCGGUCCUGCCCACCGAAGACCCGCCAAGCAUCGUCAUCUUUCCUCGGGAUCAGACGGUGGUGACCGGACGGGUGGCAGUGUUUGUCUGCACGGCCGUCGGCAACCCGCGUCCACAGAUAGAAUGGCGCAAAAAUGGCAAACGUGUCUCCACCAACCGCUACACGGUGACCGAGAUGACGGGUGGGUCGGUGCUUCGCAUCGACCCUGUUCGCGCCGGAAAGGACAAUGCCACCUACGAGUGCCUCGCUGAAAAUGGUGUUGGCGAGCCCGUUAGGGCUCAGUUCACACUCACCGUGCUUGAAGAGAACCAGAUUCCACCAGGCUUUCCGCACUUCAAGCUGCUGCCCAACCUUCAAGGCGUGGAGCGCAACCGCAGUGCGCUGCUUCCCUGCAAAGCCGAGGGAGACCCCGAACCCAAGCUGUCAUGGCUACGAAAUGACAUCCCUGUUGACAUGUCCAAUCCACGCUACUCCCUCGCAGCUGCAGGUUCCCUACAGAUUUUCGAUGCCCAGGAGGAAGAUCAGGGCAACUACGAAUGCAUUGCAGAGAACAGCGUGGGCACUGCCAUCUCACCCAUGGCAACCCUCUUCGUUCGUGUGCGGCGGGUACCACCAUACUUCUCUAUCCCUCCUGAGUCGACUUAUGAAGUGUCGCCAGGCGCCACGCUGAACCUGACGUGUGUGGCUGUGGGAUCCCCCAUGCCGUUUGUGCGUUGGCGCAAAGGGUCCGUUGACCUGACCUCGGACAGCGAGGUCCCUGUGGGCCGCAACGUCCUGGUGCUGGAAAAUGUUCGCGAGUCGGCCAAUUACACAUGCGUGGCUGGCUCCACACUCGGCAGCAUUGAACAUGUCUCGCAAGUGCUCGUUCAAGCACUGCCUCGGCCACCUACCAAUCUGGCCGUCUCCGACGUGACAGCCACUUCAGUUCGGCUGUCGUGGUCGUACGAGGGCAGCGGCUCGGACAACAUUCGCUAUUACGUAGUGCAGUACAAGCCACGCCAAGCCAACCGCGAGUACAGCGAGACGAGCGGCAUCACCAUGCCUUAUCACCACGUCAGGGACCUCAGCCCCUACACGGAGUACGAGUUCUAUGUCAUCGCCGUCAACGACCUGGGUCGGGGCUCCCCCAGCGUACCGGUCACCGUCACGACAGGGGAAACAGCGGAUCUGGCUGGAGGGAGCAAGCCCGGUAGCGCGCCUCGAAACUUACAAGCACGAACCUUGAGCUCAAGCACUGUGGUCGUACAGUGGGACCCUCCGAAGGAGCCAAAUGGGCAGGUCAUGGGCUACAAUGUGUACUACACGACCCAGCCCAGCAUCCCGACGCAGUCAUGGAAUGCACAAACAGUCGACAACAACCAGUUGACGACUAUUAGCAAUCUGACGCCACAGACCAUCUACACUAUACGGGUGCAGGCCUUCACCAGCCGUGGCCCAGGUCCCUUCUCGUCGCCCGUGCAAGUCAAGACCCAGCAGGGCGUGCCGAGUCAGCCGCGCAACUUGAAGGCUGUUGCGGUGUCCCCGACGGCCAUCCAGCUGAACUGGACGCGUCCCCUGGACCCGGCCGAGAUGGUGGUGGGCUACGAGCUCUACUGGAACGACACGUUCACUCAGCAGCAGGAACAGCGCUCCCUGCCCGAUGGUCAGAACUUCCUCCUCGAGGGGCUCUACCCGGACACAGUGUACUACAUCUGGCUGGCAGCCCGCUCGCGCACGGGCGAAGGCGCUGCCACGCCACCCCUGCCUGUGCGGACGGACCAGUACGUUCCGGGUGCACCGCCGCAGCAGGUACGCGGUGUUGCUCUCGACUCGCGCUCAUUGCGCAUCAGCUGGGAGCCGCCGCCACGCGAACUGCACAACGGCGCCAUCACAUACUACAAGGUGAAGUACAUCCGCGCCGACGCGGCCCCGGGGGCGGCGCCCUACGAGGCGCUCAAGGGGCCCGCCGAGCUGUCGCACACCAUCACCGGACUGGACAAGUGGACCCCCUACCGAGUCUGGGUGCUCGCCGGCACAUCUGUCGGCGAUGGCCCCGCCUCCCCGCAGGUUCUCGUGCGCACCGAUGAGGACGUUCCUGGAGAGCCACGGACGGUGAAAGUGACGGCGCUGAACAGCACGGCACUGGCCGUCUCAUGGAAGCCACCGUCCAACCGGGAUCGAAAUGGGCUUAUCCGCGGCUACCAGAUUCAUGUGCAGGAGAUGAACCGUCACGGGGACCUCAUCAAUGAGCCCCUGCGGUACGAUGUCGCUGACGAGACUGCCGAGGAGUACAACGUGACUGGCCUGCAGCCUGACACCGAGUACUCUGUCCAAGUGGCUGCCGUCACACGGAAGGGUGACGGCUCACGCAGCCGUCCCAAAAUGGCCCGUACUCAUGGUGGAGUCCCUACUCGCCCGGAGCUUACAGCCCGAAUCCACACGGAGGACCAACGCCUUCGUGUUGAGCUCCACUGGUCUCGGCCGAACCACACCUACGGAGAGCUGCUUCAGUAUAGGCUGCGCUAUGGUCGCAUGGACGGGGGCGCUCUGGAAGAACGUGAGAUCGAGCCUAUGGACCAGCACAUCACCGUGGAGAACCUUGCACGAGGGGCAAGGUACGAGUUUCGCCUUUCGGGCAGGAACUUGCUCGGAUGGGGGCAGGAAGCCAUCACAUUUGUCAGCACACCAGAAGGAGAGCCCACGUCGCCCCCGCAAAAUGUGACCUUCCGACUGCAAAGCCCCACCACUGUAGUGUUCACCUGGGAGCCCCCUAGCCCCCUGCAUCGCAACGGCCACAUCACCCACUACAGCGUCCAGUUUCGACGACGGUCAUCAGAUUUCAGCGCGGAUGAUCGCAACACUUCCCACACUCGGGUUGUGUUCAGCUCCCUCGAUGAGAAGACGGACUACAUCAUGCGUGUGCGUGCCUGCACAGCCAAAGGCUGUGGUCCCUGGAGUGAAAACCUGACGGCUAGCACUCCGGGUGACAUUCCAUCAGCUCCGACCAACGUACAAGCUGUGGCAACUUCUGACCAGUCGGUCGAGGUCUGGUGGGACGAGAUGCCCUACUUCAGAGAUAUCCUUGGCUACCAGGUGCUGUACGCUCAGACGGCCGUGGAAGACCUGGAUCAGUGGGCGGUAAAGAAAGUGCCACUCACCUGGUCAGCCGAGCUGACGAGCCUCGAAAGCCACACAGUUUACGCCAUAAGAGUGGCCGCAUACACGCGGGAAUCCCUGGGCAAGCUUUCUGACCUGGUGACCGUCAAAGUAACACCCACAGAUGUUCCAACACAGCUGCGAGCCUACGGUGUGACCACCCACGGCAUGAUUUUGUCUUGGCGACCUCCUACACGUCUAGACUAUAUAAAGUUUAACAUCUCGUACAGUGCACACAAGGAGUUCUAUGACAGCCGAGGCAGCCCUCAGGAGCUUCCGAUCCCACCACAGAGCGUCCUGUUGGACGUUGGCACGACAAACUACACCAUCGAGAACCUGAUCCCUUUCACAAGCUACAAGGUCAACCUGACGGCUGUGCCACGGGAUGGGUCGUACCGGCCACCUGCCAAGAUCAUGGUCACCACUGCCAUGGCCGCUCCGAAGCCAAUGGUGAAACCGGAUGCUCUGUGGCCAAUCAGCAACGGGGACGAGAUCACCGUCAUCCUGCCCAAAGCCUCAGAAGAGUAUGGUCCCAUCAAACAGUACUACCUUGUCGUUGUCCCUUCAGAGUUUGCCACCAAGGAGCCGGACGAUUACAAGAUAGAAGAGUUGAUGUCUACACCUUUGGAUGAAGAUGGUCCCUACAUAGCGGCAGCAUUUGUACGCCAGAACAUGCCUGAACGGUUUGUUCUGGGGGACUUGAAAGUGAACGGUGGUUUCCGAAACCGCAAGCUACAACCGUACCGGCGGUACCGAAUUUUCGUACGAGCUGUUGUGGACACUCUGCAAAAGAACCUAUUCACAACAAGCCCAUUUUCGGACGAGCUGAGCCUGGAGAUGCUGCCGCAGGUUCGGCUUCCCUCGGCCGAUGACGUGCCCAAUGUCUCACACAUCGAGCGUGCCCGCACCGAUGUGGGCUGGAUCGUCGGCCCGGUGCUGCUCAUUGUCUUCAUGGCCCUCUUCCUCACGCUCUUUUUCAUCCUCAUGAAAAGGAGACGGCAGCAGGCCAAGGCGCCUGCGGGGGAGACGACCAUGAAGCUGCUGAUGAACUCGGGGGACCUGGCAUCCUCCCACCCUGGCGGAGUCGGUGGAGCAGGUACGGACCCUGUGGAGCUGCGGCGCCUGAACUACCAGACGCCCGCAAUGGUCGGCCACCCGCCGAUUCCUGUGAGCCAGCUGGCCGGACACAUCGAGACACUGAAGGCAAACGACAACCUGCGCUUCUCCCAGGAGUACGAGUCUAUCGACCCGGGCCAGCAGUUCACUUGGGAGCACUCAAACCUGGAGUCAAACAAGCCAAAGAACCGGUAUGCCAACGUGGUCGCCUACGACCAUAGCCGCGUGGUGCUGCAGCCCAUCGAGGGCAUCCCCGGCUCGGACUACAUCAACGCAAACUACUGCGACGGCUACCGCCGCCGCAACGCCUACAUUGCCACCCAGGGCCCGCUGCCCGAGACCUGCAGCGACUUCUGGCGCAUGGUCUGGGAGCAGCACAGUGUCACCAUAGUCAUGAUGACUAAGCUGGAGGAACGAACGAGGGUCAAGUGUGACCAGUACUGGCCAUCCAGAGGCUCUGAAACCUAUGGCCUCAUGGAAGUGACCUUAGAGGAUGUUCAGGAGCUGGCAACAUACUGUAUUCGGACAUUCAGCCUAAAAAGACAUGGUUACCUGGAGCGCCGCGAAGUGCGGCAGUUCCAGUUUACAGCGUGGCCCGACCACGGCGUUCCUGACCACCCGACACCGUUCCUCAUGUUCCUGAGGCGCGUGAGGGCGAUGAACCCGCCAGAGGCUGGUCCCCUCAUCGUUCAUUGCAGUGCCGGUGUGGGCCGGACGGGCUGCUUCGUGGUGAUCGACUCGAUGCUGGAGCGCAUGCGGCACGAGGGCACGGUGGACAUCUACGGACACGUGACGUGCUUGCGGGCGCAGCGCAACUACAUGGUCCAGACGGAGGACCAGUACCUGUUCAUCCACGAUGCGCUGCUGGAGGCCGUGCUGGCGGGCAACACGGAGGUUCCCGCCCGUGCCCUGGCUGCCCACCUCCAGUCCCUGCUGCAGUUGGUGCCCGGAGAGGCCUGCACGGGCAUGGAGCUCGAGUUUAAGAAGUUGGCCAACAUGAAAACGCAAGCCAACAAGUUUGUCAGUGCAAACCUCCCCGUGAACAAAUUCAAGAACCGGCUGAUGAACAUUCUGCCUUAUGAAUCAACCCGAGUCUGUCUACAGCCUAUAAGAGGUGUGGACGGGUCAGAUUACAUCAAUGCAAGUUUCAUUGAUGGCUACCGGUACCGCAAUGCAUACAUAGCAACGCAGGGACCGAUGGCAGAGACCGCAGAGGACUUCUGGCGGAUGGUCUGGGAACACAACUCCAACAUCAUUGUCAUGCUUACCAAGCUCAAGGAGAUGGGCCGGGAAAAAUGCCACCAGUACUGGCCAUCGGAGCACUCUCAACGGUAUCUCUAUUACGUGGUCGACCCAAUAACAGAGUACAACAUGCCUCAGUACAUCCUGAGGGAGUUCAAAGUCACCGACGCCAAGGACGGCCAAUCGCGGACCAUCCGGCAGUUCCACUUCACCGACUGGCCCGAGCAGGGUGUCCCGAAGACAUCCGAAGGGUACCUCGAGUUCCUCGGCCAGGUGCACAAGACCAAGGAGCAAUUUGGACAGGAGGGACCGAUCACGGUCCAUUGCAGUGCUGGUGUUGGCCGGACAGGCGUGUUCAUCACGCUGAGCAUUGUGCUUGAGCGCCUGCAAAGCGAGGGUGUCCUAGACAUAUUCCAGACGGUGCGCACACUUCGCACCCAGCGCCCGGGCAUGGUCCAGAGUGAGGAUCAGUACCAGUUCUGCUACAGAGCUGCAUUAGAGUACAUGAGCAGCUUUGACCACUAUGCAAAUUGAACCGGAGAGCCCCGCAAACAAGCUGAGCUCCUUGCGGAAGUGAUCCUCCCCAAGCUUUCCUGUGCAGUCCGGGCAUGUACUGCUGUGUGGACAAAAAGUGCGCGCUGGAUGUGUUGGAAAAGUGCUGGUGCAGUUCAGGAGGCAUCCCUCCUCACACUGCACACAGACUGAAUGAACACUUGCACCUUUGUGAGAUUCUAGUUUUAUGUUUAGUUUCCUUCUCCGUUCACGUUGCACACAAAUUUCCUCGUCAAUUGUGGAUUCCGUAUCGCUUCCGAAUCAUUUCCGUAAGAAGAGUAUGGAAAACAUACAGAUUGUUGGGAAGCGUACAAAAUGUUUCACUGGGGUUAUGUUGACAAGCUUGUAUUUGGAUCUGUCCCGAAGCGAGGUGAAACGUGUUGCAGCUCUUUUUUUUUUUUUUUUUUUUUUUUUUUUUUUUUUUUUAAGCGUCCGUUUCGGUCUUGUGCCUAGGGAGCACUUGUGUCAUUCCUGAAUUCGAUAGUAUUUCAACGCCUGCCGUUCUUGGAGCACCCACCAGUACGAUCUCAUUUUUUUAAAGCCUUUCUCACUGUCAGUUGCACCUGUGCCCGCACCCAAAGGGCAGUAACGAAAUCGCUUAGCUCGCAACAUUGGAUAUUAGCAACACCACUGUGUUCACUAGCAAAAGCAGCGUCAUGGGAAAGAGUGCCCCAGCACCUUCGGGUGUGCUGCUGUGUCACAGGCAAAAGCAAAAGGGGGCAAGAAAAUGUAUCCUAAAUGGUCAGAGAAGGCGGCAAUCAAUGAGGAAUAGAAGACGAGCGGUGUCGUCUGGCUUCCUAGUCACUCAGGUUAACCACUUUCUGCAUUUCAAGGGAAAAGGAGUCGGCUGGAAGAAACCGAGAGAGGUCUGCCCUCCAGUAAGACUCGUCUUACUCUCUUCAAUGCCUCUCUAUGAAUGUUUUACAGAUGCACAGCGCUCAAGAUGGUCGGAGCAAAAUGGUGGGAGGGGGGCACAGUUAAAAUCUGCUGGUGUGUUAUGAAAAAAAGCACGAGCCCCCUCCUGAUGGCCCUACCUCAAGGCAACGCCACAUUAUUUUGCAUCCUCUGCAAGCCAGCGCCUUUUUUUUUUUUUUUUCUUGUUCUCCCCCCCCCUCCCUCCCUUGUUGCUCAGAUAUUCGUCAAGGCAAUAGCAGCGAGAUUUCGUCGGCAACCCCGUCAGCUAAGGCGCAGAAAAUAAGAGUUUCACACUUCGGUUCGAGUUUGACCAUUCUUCUUCGCCCCCCUGCGUCUAGUUCUUUCCGUGGUGUUCCUUCAGCGUCCACAAUUAACGCCUUUGUUUUUCCCAGCACACGCUUAAGCGCAUUCUUCUGCGCGGGGCCUGCACAGCACAAAUCGCAUCCGUGCGGCAAGGCGCCAAGCUAAUAUAAUGUUCAAUAGGCUUUUUCUUUAACGUCGUCAUCUUUCAUUGUAUCAUACUGCAUCACAGCAUCACACACUGGUAUAUGUUUAUAUUGUGUUUGGAGCGUGGGAGUGUCUCUCAGUACGAUUUUCUGUACAUAGUCAUGUGCACCCGGGUCAUGCAUGGUCAAGGAGAACUGAUGCCGUGGAAAGGACAUUGCGAUUUUUUUCGUGGUUGAAACGAGAAUGGUCACGAGUUGACUCGCUUUCUGCAAACCCUGGAUCGCUUUGCAGUGCAGGUUGACUUCCGUGAAACAUUGAGGGUGAACAGAAAAAUCGGUAAACAAAGGCCUGGAUUGUCAAGCAGUUCUGAACGAUAUUGAACAGGGCACACCGCUGCAGUGUCUAAUAGUAGAUGUGGCCCCGUCUGUUGAAAGUAUGAUUAACAAAAGGCUCUGAGCUGCUGCAUUUCACGAUGACAUGCCUCACGAGCCAUUGUAUUUGGCCAAAACAACCAGGGGCUGUGAACUUCAUCUCUUAAAGACUAGCUUGAAGUUGUCGCUCUGACCAAGUUCCAUCAUGUGGUGCUGCAAGCAUGACAGCAUUGUUUUGCUGAAUGUCAACAGAUGGCGCCACGUCACAUGUAGAUAUGGCAGCGGCGUGCACUUUUGCAUCAGUCUUGUUUGUAAUGAAUUGUGCACUCUCGUUUUUUUUACUUAGGUCACUAUUUCAAUUUAGGCAGCCUGCUUGCUGUAACUGUGUGUGCGUGGAGAAAAUAGUUGUGACGAGCAAAUUUUUUUCUUACUGUGAGGCUAAAGCCUUCUUACAAAUGCUUUGUUUCUCUUGUUAUUUAUACACUUUUACCACUUUUUCUCUCUUGUGUUGCCUUUUACAGCAGUCUUCUAUGAGAAUGAACUUUUAUGGCCUGCAGAUCUGUGUGAAUGUGCAUUUUUUUCUGUGUACUGUAGAUGUGGUAGAACACUUCUUUUUACCUAUCUGCUAUUUCUGUUGCAGCUUUUUUUUAGCAUCUGCCUUGUGAACGUACAAGUGUAUGGGUUGUUCAGCCCAGCUUUUUUUUUUUUUUUUUUUCUGUUUAGCACAGCAUGCCACAUUUUCGCGCGUAUUACCCACACCAGAAAUUCAAGAAGCUUAAGUACAAAGUGGUGGUGCGAGUAGUAGUAUGUGAAUUUAUCCUUGUUGUGUGGCGUUAGAGCAUUGUAUAACUGGUUCAUGCUUCAGUGCAGAGCACCAGCAAUGUCGUGAUGACAUAGCAUUAUAAAGGUAUAUUGUUUCUGGAGCACUGCUUUCUUCCAUUAUUUGUUGAUGGUUGUUUUUGACUAAGAUCCAAUCAUUGUAUGAAGUUAUUUGCACAAGUAUAUAAGCAUUCCCCAUCCCCCAAUCUGUUUUUUUAAGAGUUGAAGAAAUUGAAGUGUUUGUGGCGCUGCAUGCAGGGGGUGGGUUAUACGCGCGAAACUGCGGUAUAAGCCCCGCUUUUUUCUUUACGAAGCAUGCCUGUGGUGUGCGGGGGAGAAAGAGAGAAGCUGUGUUUGUACUUUUGUGUCCGAAGCUGGUUUGUACGUGUGCGCAAUUCUGUUACAUUAACAGAGAAGCCCUUUGUAAGUUGCAACCAGGUAGCUAUUUUUACCAGAAGCAGCGGCGUUAGUUUGCGUCACGUCGAGAGCGAGUGGAGACACCUUGACAGCUUUACCGACUUGCGUGUGCUCCCCGCUUACUUUGCGUUUCUGCACCCGCUCGUUUCGAUUAUCAAGGAAGAAGAAGUAGAAAAAAGGAGCUGCUUUCUAACGAGCUGGCCUGCGCACUUUUGUACAUAAACUGUGCACGUGACUUAGAGCUGUAGUGUUUGGGUGCUGCUGCGUGUGGCAGCUGACCACGACGAAGUCUUCUCUCGAGGUUGCAUCUCUCCCCCUCCAACAACUCCCCCUCCUCGACUUCGACCGUGGAGGAAUCGGGCUUCUCCAUGGUCUGUUGGAGACACUCGCCGGUGAGCCAACACAUAAUCAUGGGUUGCAUGUCACGGCCUUCGAGAGCUUCUUCUUAGGGACAUAUCAUCACGUAGUGGUUUUCUCUUUCGCCGGCUCCGUACAACGGCCGACCCAUAGCCUCCUCGACCCUUACGCACUGACAUACUUAAAGAAAACGAGGUUGUGACAUAAGCGUGUUACGCCGAGAAAUGAAUAGGCUCUUCGUUUUACUGUGUGCUCGUCAAAAGUGUAUGGUGAAAAGUCGUUGGGAGAGAUCUGUGGUGCCCUAUAUAAACUCGCACGCCUUGUGGAUGCGUGUUGUACGGGAAUUCAGUGCCACUGGGUGUUUGUGCAGCUUAACACAGUGCAAGACGUGCAGUGAUUGCCAAGUUCGUUGGCAUGUGGUUAUGUCGUCGCACUACCAAUCGGUGGCCAGCAAUCUGAGAGAGUUCCUUUUGUGUCCUUCUUUAUAUGUUCUUGCAUUUUAGUGCUCUUUAGAAGUAUCUUCCAUUGUGCAUACUAUUUAAAAAUGUUAUCGUUAUUAUUGCCAUUAUUGUAACUCACACAUAGUAGUAGUGGCGCUUUUUCUGCUGCUCGUAGAACAAAUUGUGGAUUGUUUCUACAUGCUUUCUCUACAAAUUCAUUUAUUUUUGCCCUUAGGGUUAAUGACUUUCUAAGUUUUAGCCUUUUGCUGUUUGAUCAAAUGAAUCCUUUUUGGUCACCUAGAAGUUAUUUAUUUUGCCAAUUUCUUAUUUCAUUCUGGAAUGUUGAUUGUUAGGAUCUUUACAAACAUCCGGCAUGCCCUAAAGGCGGCAUGCGGGAUCAUUGUCAUUGGUGUACACUGUGCCACUUUCUUCCUUUUCUUUAACUUUUAUGAAUUGAAUGAAAGCUAGAAGAAUAUGUUGUGACUAGCGGUCGUAACAGUCACCAAAGAGAGGAGAAUAUCGCACAAAUGACACUGCACCCAUUCAGGAACUUCGAGAAAAUAAGAAAUCCCAGUUUUCGGGAAGAACUCACUGUGUUAAAAAAAGCCCAGAGAGGCACAAUGAUACGAGCUGCUCCGAAUAACUGCGUGUUCCUCCUUGUGCCACAAGAUUGGCUCGUGUCUGUCGUAGUGUAUCCAAUAAACAUGUCCAAGGA